CUGAAACUUAACGAAGUAUGGCCGACGUAGCUGUGUGCCGAAACAACCUAGUAUUCAAUAUGGCGGAGAGAGAGAGGGAUCGAAAGUGCGACUAUCGCCAAUUCAAAAAAAGAAAUGGAGGAAGAGUACCAUGUGUGUCACUAGGAAAUUCUUAUUUGGACAACAAUGUAACAGGGGAGAUAACUGGAAUAUGCUUUCAAAAAGUUGAUGAGGGAAAAGUAAAUCCAGUUAUAGACACUGAUGAGUUUUUGAAGGUUGAUUGGCCCUGUGCUCCAUCAAAACCUGCAGUACAACAUCUAUAUUUAGAAUUAGAUUAUCAUUCAGUACCAUCUCAGAAAUGGCUUUUAUUUGCAGAUGUUAUGGCAAACUUGAGAAUAGCUUUACUUGUUCAGAUGACCCCUCAAAAUAAUGUUGCUCCAAUGACUCUUUAUGAUGGUUUUCACAAAGAUGUGUGGCAAGGUGCUGGGAAUAAUAUACCAUACUCAUCAACCACUUUACCAAGCAGAAUUGCUGAUGUACUUCCAAUUGUAAGACAGGCUGGAGAGAUUAAUACAUUGGAUAUUCAGACAAUACUUCAUGCUAUGCUGGAAGGGUUUCAUUCAAUGGGAGAAUUAAUGAUGAAAUUCUUUAUAGAUAAUAUUUUAAAUGUAACAGUUUUUGGGGAGACUGACAAUUAUACAGUUAUACCACCAUCAAAUCCUUCAUUUAACAGCUCAAUAGAAAAUGGAGUCCUUCACUGCUUAGUUUAUGGUUGUGAUGAGGAUCAGCUGGAAUAUGAAGAGUUAAGACAUCAAAAUGGUCAAGUUCAAGGUAGAGAACGGUUACGUCAGAACAUUUUGCAUCCUAAAUCUAAUGGUUUUAGAUCCAGGUCAAGGUCACGUUCUCCAUCACCUAUAGGGAACGAUAUCUUGUCAGACAUUGAAAACACAAAAAAUUGUGAUCCAAAUACAGAUAUUGAUAUGUCUUUUUUGCUUGAAAAUCCAGGAGACUUCCUUGUUAAGCCUUAUUUAUUACACAAGUACUUUGAGCCACAUAAACCACAUCUUGUUCUGUUAAAAGAUACGGUUGAAGAAAGGCAAGUAAAAAUUCUAGUGGACAUAUCAUCUUACAAUAAAUAUGGAACACAUGUAUCGUUUGCUACACAUUUGAAGCGAUCUACUGAGCAGUGUUUUCAGCAGUGUAUGGCAGGUCUAUCCUUUAACCAGGAAGAAAUAGCAGGACUUGUUGUAGUACCUGAUGGAAUGAAACUCAUGGUUGUUAAUAAAGUUGAAAAUGAAAAUAAUACUUUUUCUUAUAUAGUUAAAGAAACAAACCUUGUCAAAUGGAAUGAAAAAUAUGAACUUUUUUGUAUAAUGCAGAAAUUGAUUGAUUGUAGCUUUUAGAUAUAAGAAAAUAUUUAGGUUUAACUUCAACUUGUAUUCUAAAUAUAAAUUUUUAGACAUUAAUCAUGUUACUGGAAAUUUAACAUAUUUUUGUUAAAUUUUGUAUCCCAAAGUCAUCAUUAACAUAAAUGAAUUAUUUUUCAUCUGAUAGACAAUAUUUAGAAUACUUCCAAUAAAAUUUGGGUUCUGGUUAAGAAUGUCCUUAUAAUUCAUUGUAAUUAGUAAAAAUUUGCCAAAAUUGAAGUGUUUAACCAUAUAUAAGGGAGAAAUUCAAAGUAAAUGAGGCACAGCAUUUUUGGCCAAUUAACUUAAUUUACAGACAGUCUGGAUGAUUUGAGGUACAUCAUAUCAUGUGUCAUGAUAUUCUGCACUUGUAUACCAAAUAUCUAAGAUAUACACAAUGUAUCUUUCAAAAUAAUGAAUUGGCAUUCGAAAAUGAUGCUAUAAAUGUCAGGAGUGCAACACCUUUUUGUGACAUAAAAAAAUAUACUUUUCAAAGUCUUGCUUUUUAAAAUGAAAAGAUUUAUACCAAAAGGCAGCUGUUGUUUCAAUAACUUCAAUGUAUAUACCUUUAAUUUCCAAUAAUGAUGAAACAUUUGAGGCAUGUGAGGUCACUUUUUCUCAACUCAAAAAGUGUAGUACCCUGUCAGGAGUGCAACACACAAAAUGACCAAAUUGUAUAGAAUGGUGUAUUUUUAAUUCAAGGAUUGUAAUGUAUGUAUGAAAGAUAUUUAAACUUUUAAACAAUUUCUUAUUUGUCCAAUCAAACAAAUAUGUCACUGCUUGAGCUCACAUUUGUGAGAGCCAAUUUAAUGGGCAUACCCUACAUGGCCAGAAGUUAAACAUUUUGACUUUUGACAGUUACCAGUCAAAAACAAUCACUUCAAUAUAAACUUUUACUUUAUUUUUCUGAAGAGGCAGUAUAUGAGACUAGAUUCCUGUAAAAAAGAUGACAGAAAAAGAUUUUAUUUUUCCAAUAGGGCUAUUUAUUCUAUGUCAUGAGUGCAACACUUUUAUAAUACAAUUAUUGAGCUUUGAUAUUUUUCAUUAAGAAGUACUUUUAUAUGUAAAUUAUUGUCAAUGCACUAAUUCUUAUCUAUAGCAGAGGUGUUUUAAGCAAAAUUUAUUCAUAUGAUACAGUUUUUCAAUUGAAAUUAUAUUGAUAAUACACGAUUUCUGCUAUUUUUCAUUAUAUUUGUUGUUUCUCGUUUCUUAGAUAAAACAUUACUUAGUGAAUUAAUCCUUGAACAGAAUUAUGAAUGCAAAACAACCUUUUAUAGUUUUAGUCCAUUUUAUAAUUGUUUUACAUUAAAAGUGUCAGGAGUGCAACAGAAACAGGUGAAAUGAUGGUAUAUUUCUAUGUAUGCAUAAAAGAUGGUAUAUUUCUAUGUAUGCAUAAAAGAUGGUAUAUUUCUAUGUAUGCAUAAAAGAUGGUAUAUUUCUAUGUAUGCAUAAAAGAUGGUAUAUUUCUAUGUAUGCAUACAAUAUGCAUAACAGAUGGUAUAUUUCUAUGUAUGCAUAAAAUAUGCACAAAAGAUGGUAUAUUUCUAUGUAAUAUGUAUGCAUACAAUAUGCAUAAAAGAUGGUAUAUUUCUAUGUGUGCAUAAAAUAUGGUAUAUUUCUAUGUAUGCAUAAACGAUGGUAUUUUUCUAUGUAUGCAUAAAAGAUGGUAUAUUUCUAUGUAUGCAUAAAAUAUGCAUAAAAGAUGGUAUAUUUCUAUGUAUGCUUAAAAUAUGCAUAAAAGAUGGUAUAUUUCUAUGUAUGCAUAAAAGAUGGUAUAUUUCUAUGUAU